UUUUUUUAUGCACAACUCCACUGAAGAAUGGUGCAAAUCCUUGUUUCAGAUAGACAGAUGUUGACUAAACAUGUAUUAGUUAGGCCUAAUAAACACAUCCAACAGAAAAUGUAUCUUCUACUUUCAGAAAGGUUAUGGGACUGUGGUUCGGGCCGGGGGAUGUUCUGGAAAUUUUCGAGUUUAGCCCUCAGGGUAAACGAAGCAGAGACUGUUUGGAACCAAUGGGAAUGAAGCAUACACCCCCCUCGCUCUGUAAUUUUGAGUUCAGUUGGGUUGGGUGCCGCCACAGUGCAGUGCAGUCUCGCCGAGGGACGUUGGAUAGGCUCUGAGGAGUUCGAUGCUCCACAAUAGGCCUAUUGUUUUGGUUUUAUUUUGUGGAGUUGAUGUUUUCUUUUCAAACUUGUAUUUCAACUUACUACGCCUUUCUUACAAGUCUCCACUAUUUCUGGAGGUUUUUAUUAGGAGAGUGAAGGAGGGCGGUGCAGGAUGAAUGGAACUACUUCUGAGAAGGCGGCAUCGAGCCUGUCGUCUGAUCUCCACGCCACAGUGAGCUGUCACCCGGGCUCCAAUGAUUUCCCAACGCUGCCAAAGUCCUCUCCCAUGGACAUGGGGUUCUACAGCGGCCAGACGACGCACAGCCACCACGGCUACUACCCCAGCCACUGCCAGUCCUGCUCGCAACCAAUGAAGCCAUACUCGUAUGAUCACCAUUACAAUCUCCAUGGGAUUGGGGUAUCGAGGGCCUACAUUGCAAAAUCGGAAUACCCUUAUCCCCAGAAGCAAUACGCUCAUUACACCGGGGACAUACAGUCCCAUCUCCAAGAUAUCGAGGGUCCCUGGUUCGAGGCGAGGAGAGGGACGGAAGCUAUACUGUUACACAUGCCCAUUUGCAACCACGCCUUCUCCGAUGUUGGUUACAAGGCGGUACUUAUUUAAAUUAGUGAAAGAGGAACCAGAGCCUGAGGUGAGAAUGGUCAACGGAAAGCCUAGAAAAAUCAGAAAACCUCGCACCAUAUAUUCGAGUUACCAGCUCGCUGCGUUGCAACAUCGCUUCCAGGGAGCUCAGUAUUUGUCUCUUCCUGAGAGAGCCGAACUAGCGGCUCAUCUCGGCGUGACACAAACACAGGUCAAGAUCUGGUUCCAGAAUCGGCGUUCCAAAUUCAAGAAGCUGUACACAAACGGGGAAGUUCCACUGGACCACAGCCCAGGAGCCAGUGACUCUAUGUCCUGCAAUUCACCCCCGUCACUGGCCAUUUGGGACAGUAGUGUACCCACAGACCCUGCCACAAGAGAGCAGGCUCCCCAGCCCUCCCUCAGCUCCUCUCUAUGUUAUGUGGAGGACUACACUCAUCACUGGUAUCAACAGACCUCACAGUCACGCUCACAGCACUCAGGACUGGUUCUUCAGCACACAACACCACCAAAGAAUAUGGGGGCGGUGUACUAAUACAAAACGUAUCGGUACAAACUGUGGUCCAACAAGAUGGCCGCUCAUUGGAAUAAAGCCUAGAGGGCUGUGAUGGGAUUUGUGUGCCAAUACAGAGGGCUGAAGUUCACGGACAAGUUGGGAAACAUGCACAAGGACUUGUUGUCUCUGUUGUUCCUUUUGGAUUCAAAACAGAGGAACUGUAUACAAAAAUAAUGGACAAAUCCAUGUUCUGUUUAGAUGGAUGUUUAGAGUGAUAAGUUGCUAAUAUUAUCAGUUGCUCAUUUCACUCUGUUGGAGAGAUUUGAUAUGAGAAUGGAUGGAAUAGCAGCCAAUUUGGUGGCACUUUCCUUUAUAGUGGCCCACUGUGGGACCAUUAACUGAACAUAUUCUUUUAAAUAUAUACUGUCAGUGCAUUCAACACCCUUUGUUUCUUCACAAUAUGAAACACCCACAGAUACAUGGAAGUAGUGUGUACCAUUUUCAUACAUUCAUAAAUUAUACUUGCCAUUUCUUGCAUUUAUAUAGAUGUAAUUAAGGCUCAAUUCACAUAUUGAGCCAUACAACAUUUUAUUACACAAUGGUUCAAAACGAAACAUCUCUUGGAAGUUGCAGAGAACUAUAAGAAAUAAAAACGUGUAUUUGGUACUUUGCAUUUGCAAUAGAUUUUUGGUAAAAGCCAUAAACUCAGGUUGUUAUUUAUAAUGUAGCCUAUUUUAUACUCUAUUGAUAUGUUAAUAGAACUUCAAUGUGAGAACUUAAAAAAUUGAAUUGUGACACUGGUGCCUGAGAAACACAUAUUUUAUAGUUAGUCUUUUGAGUGAAUAAUAAAGUUUUUGUUUUUAUUAAUUCUA